AAGAGAAUUUCAGCCCACAGGCCGUUGAAUGGAGAGCUAACAUUCAGUGCAUUCCACUGCAGCUUCAAUCUGUAUAAAGUGAGACUGCGCUUGCUCCUGGAUGCUGACUUCUUUAUUUCAGCGGUGGAAGGUGAUAGUUAGCAGUUUUGUACGAUGAAAUAUAAAAUGAGAUUUAAUUUCAAGGUCUGAUCGGUACAUUUAAAAGACAAAACCAGCAGAUUCACAGAGUAGCUGGGUUCUAAAUUAGAAUUAACUGUUGUAAUGUAUGAAGGCCCUUUCUUCCUUGAAUCUGAGGCUGUCUGGCACAUAAAGGGGUCUACACACAACCCACCUGGACCCUCCUGUCUCGGUGUGUUUACAAUUUGGUUAGGCAAAAUUUAUUUACGGUCUUUAAAGGGAAGAGGUGAAACCACUUUUUUUUUAAUUUGUUGUAUUUUUGUUGGGUGACCAGAAAUUAUCUGACUCUAUCAUGUUUCAUGAAGUUGGUGCUGUGAUAAUGUCAUUAUCAGAUGCAGUUGUAUAUUGCAGCACUUCGCAUGCAUAAACUGAAUCUGAAUACUUGGACUACAUUUGAGUAUAAAUGUGAAAUUGCAUCUGUUUCUUUUCUUUCAGAAGAUUGCAUUUUAGAACAAAUCCAGGAAUAUGUUGUUGGAUUCUUUACUAACUAUUUUGUCUUUCUUAUUUGUCUUUUUCGUUUUCAUGAUUGAUAUUAUACAUAGAAGGUUUCAGGCGGGUGAAAGCUCUCCCCUGUAGGUGCCUCGCUGACCGGAGCUCGAGGCCUGGAUCUAGGGGUGACACCGUCUGCUCUUCCCACCAUCGACUACCUUGAAAAUGAGAUGAAAUAAUGGCUUGUUACCUGAAAGCGAUUGAAACUCAGCCCAACUUCGCUGUUGCCUGGAGUAAUCUUGGGUGUGUGUUUAAUGCCCAGGGAGAAAUCUGGCUAGCUAUACACCACUUUGAAAAGGCUGUUACCUUGGAUCCAAACUUCUUGGAUGCUUACAUCAACUUGGGUAAUGUCUUAAAGGAGGCACGCAUUUUUGAUAGGGCUGUGGCUGCAUAUCUGCGAGCUUUGAGUCUAAGUCCUAAUCAUGCAGUUGUCCAUGGAAACCUGGCUUGUGUCUACUAUGAACAAGGACUGAUUGACCUUGCUAUUGAUACAUAUAGAAGAGCUAUUGAGCUACAGCCUCACUUUCCAGAUGCCUACUGCAAUCUUGCCAAUGCACUAAAGGAGAAGGGAAAUGUUGCUGAGGCAGAAGAAUGCUACAACACUGCCCUCCGCCUCUGUCCCACCCAUGCUGACUCUCUCAACAAUUUGGCAAACAUCAAAAGGGAACAGGGAAACAUUGAGGAGGCUGUGCGAUUGUAUCGAAAGGCUCUGGAGGUGUUUCCAGAAUUUGCAGCUGCCCAUUCAAACCUAGCCAGUGUACUACAGCAGCAAGGAAAGCUACAGGAAGCAUUAAUGCACUACAAGGAGGCUAUCAGAAUCAGCCCAACCUUUGCUGACGCUUACUCAAACAUGGGGAACACUCUCAAGGAAAUGCAAGAUGUACAAGGUGCCCUGCAAUGCUAUACACGUGCAAUUCAGAUAAAUCCUGCAUUUGCUGAUGCUCACAGCAACCUAGCUUCCAUUCACAAGGAUUCGGGUAAUAUUCCAGAAGCCAUUGCUUCCUACAGAACUGCCCUGAAGUUGAAGCCAGACUUCCCAGAUGCCUAUUGCAAUCUGGCACACUGCUUGCAGAUUGUAUGUGACUGGACAGAUUAUGAUGAACGGAUGAAGAAACUAGUCAGUAUUGUUGCUGAUCAGCUGGAGAAAAAUAGAUUGCCAUCUGUGCAUCCACACCACAGCAUGUUGUACCCACUGACCCAUGCCUUCCGUAAAGCCAUAGCUGAGCGACAUGGAAAUCUUUGCCUUGACAAGAUUAAUGUGCUUCACAAGCCGCCAUACGAACAUCCAAAAGACUUGAAGGCUAGUAAUGGGCGUCUGAAAAUUGGUUUUGUGAGUUCAGAUUUUGGGAACCACCCCACAUCUCAUCUAAUGCAGUCAAUCCCUGGGAUGCAUAAUUCUGAAAAAUUUGAGGUUUUUUGCUAUGCACUGAGUUCUGAUGAUGGCACUAAUUUUCGUGUGAAGGUGGUUGCUGAAGCUAAUCAUUUCGUGGACCUAUCCCAGAUCCCAUGCAAUGGCAAGGCGGCAGAUCGUAUUCAUCAGGAUGGAAUUCACAUUCUUGUUAACAUGAAUGGAUACACUAAAGGAGCACGAAAUGAACUCUUUGCCUUACGGCCAGCUCCGAUACAGGCAAUGUGGCUUGGUUAUCCUGGAACAAGUGGUGCUCCAUUCAUGGAUUACAUUAUCACUGACAAGGAAACAUCACCGCUUGAUCUAGCAGAGCAGUACUCUGAGAAGCUGGCCUACAUGCCCAACACCUUCUUUAUUGGUGAUCAUGCUAAUAUGUUCCCACACCUUAAGAAAAAGGCUGUCAUUGACUUCAAGUCAAAUGGACACAUAUAUGAUAAUAGGAUUGUUCUUAAUGGUAUUGAUCUGAAGGCAUUUCUGGACAGCCUACCUGAUGUCAAAGUAGUGAAGCUAAAGUGCCCUGAUGGUGGGGACAACUCUGAUACAAAUUCUGCACUUUCAAUGCCUGUUGUUCCAAUGAACACUGCAGCUGAAGCCAUUAUCAACAUGAUCAACCAGGGGCAAAUUCAGGUUACAAUCAACAACUUUACAGUCAGCAAUGGACUGGCAACAACACAAAUUAACAACAAGGCAGCAACUGGAGAGGAGGUUCCACGAACAAUUAUUGUUACAACACGAUCACAGUAUGGCCUACCUGAAGAUGCUAUUGUUUAUUGUAACUUCAACCAGCUGUAUAAAAUUGAUCCAGCUACCCUCCAAAUGUGGGCCAGUAUACUAAAGCGGGUUCCUAACAGUGUACUGUGGCUCCUUCGAUUCCCUGCAGUUGGAGAACCUAAUAUUCAGCAGUAUGCCCAGAACAUGGGCCUGUCUGCUAACCGUAUUAUCUUUUCACCUGUUGCUCCAAAAGAAGAACACGUCAGGCGAGGACAGCUGGCUGAUGUGUGUCUAGACACUCCACUUUGUAAUGGACACACCACUGGAAUGGAUGUGCUUUGGGCUGGAACACCAAUGGUGACAAUGCCAGGGGAAACACUUGCAUCUCGUGUUGCUGCCUCGCAGCUGAUGUGCUUGGGAUGUCCAGAACUGAUAGCAAAGACCCGACAAGAGUAUGAGGAUGUUGCUGUCAUGUUGGGCACAGAUAUGGAAUAUCUAAAGAAGAUCCGUGGAAAGGUGUGGAAACAAAGAGUGAGCAGCCCGUUGUUCAACACCAAGCAAUAUACUAUGGAUUUAGAGCGUCUGUACAUGCAGAUGUGGGAACAUUAUGCUGCAGGCAACAAACCAGACCACGUGAUUAAACCACUUAAAGCUAUGGAGACAAAUGAAACUGCCUAAACGUGCUCCAUUGGUAGAGUAUGGCAACUUAACAUGAGAAGACCCUUGGCUCCAAGACUUGUCUCUCAAUAAUUGUUUUGGAUUUUUAAGAUGAGAAAUUCUGGCAAUAAUGCAAUUUCAUACCAGCCCAGAGUGACUCUUUGAAGAUUGGAGUCAGUUCAUUGGAAGAAUGUCUUUUUUUUGUUAGAACUAAACUGUGAAAACAGGAUUGGCCCAAGCAUACCAUGUGCGGAAAUGCAACUUAUUUAAAUUGAGUAAUGGUAUUCUAAUGGAUGAAAAUAUUUGUAAUAUUUAACCAAGACUUCACACUUGUGAUUUGAUGUUAAAUCAGAUAUCAGCAACUCAUUGCUUUAUAAAUGGCAGAGGCUUCCUUUGAAUGUCAGAAGGCUUGAUGGUCAGAUAAGUUCAUUAAGGCCUUACAUUAACACUUUAAAGAGGUGGCAUUAUGUUUUUACCUGUCUGUCAAAUUAUUUUUAUAAACCAUGGAGGCUCCCUUUCAUUGGUAGCCUUUGUGCUCUCUGCCUUGUUAGGCCUUUUAGUUGCAAAGUCUGUGUUUGUGUUGAAAAUUUGCUUUCCAUAUGAAAAGGAAGUGUGCCAAAUGGACAAUUUAUCUUUGUUGCUAUUUGCUCCAGUUCUUCAAAUGUUGCAGCAGGAUUACCAGUUGUCCUGUGUUGGUUCAAGUAAUGCAAUUGGAUGAGUUUCAUUGAGUGUCAGACACAAACUCAAGUGAUGCAAUGGAAUGCAUUUCCUUAUCUGUCCCACAAAUUUGAAUGAAGCUGUAGUAUGCGUUUCUUUGCAUGACCAUGCAGGUGUAAUAAUUGUACGGAGUAGCAGUGCUACAGCUGUCGCUGAGGUCUGGAAUGAAGUUUUGAAGACUGACCCAGUGCAGGAACCAUUUGGAAUAAUUAAAAGCAGUUAAUCGGGAGAGUGGUUGUUCUUCUGCCUCACUGAAUGGACUCAUUUGAUUUUUGUAGGAUCAUUUGUGAAGGGCUAAGGAUUCUCUCUUUAGCCCCCAGGUAAGUAUUUCAUCUGUUAUUAUUAUGUAGAUUUAGCAACAUUCUACAGUUCUCACAUUUUACAUAUGCCAUUGGUGCAAAAGCUUUGUGGGUGUAUUUGGAAAUUUUUUUUUGCUCUCAGUCUACAUGCUGUUAAGUAUAACAUGUUUUCAGAGUUUAUUCUCAGGUCUGCAUCAAGAGUCACUUCAACUUGACCCUUCAUUACUUCAACUUGAUGAUUAACUGCUUUGCUGGUUAAUUGUUUUGCUGGGAGAAGCCAUGAUUGUAAAUAUUAACCUUAGAUUCUCCCUCUUGUUGCUCAUCCAAAAGUUUUGUUAAGUGAGAUUAAACACAAGUCCAAACAAUUAGAUUAAUAUAUAAUGAAACCAGAUCUUUUCAGCUGGGAUUCCCAAGGACUUCUAGAGGGGAGAGGGAUAAUGUCUAGUUCAUAAUGUUCAGUGGAUUGAUAACUUUUUUUAUUUAACAAAAAUAAACAGAAGGUGAUAUGGUUUGUACUGAAGCUAAGAGAGAUGGCAACAUAUACGGGUGAGCAUAUUCUGAAAAAAUCUAAUUUUCUUGGGUAUGAAGGUAAUAAUGCACACCAGAGGUGGAUAUUUUUAUUCUUAGAUUUUUUUUAGAUGUUCUUUUGAUUAUCAGCUAUUUUAACAUGCAUUUCGUUCAUAUUUUGUUGCUAUAGAGACCUCCAAUUUUGGAAUUGUCUGGAUUUCAGGCUGUUUAAUAGUAUGAAGCUGUAAAUACAUGUGAAUGAGAAUCUAAUGUAUCUGUGUACAAUAAUAAAGCAGCUGGAUGCUUCUCUAGA